AUGAAUGCUACCAGAACACUAGCCGUGGGAUCCGGUAUGGGGGCUUUGGACGUGAUCACCCGACUCCUCAGGCCGGGCGACGAGGUUAUCACAGGUGACGAUCUUUAUGGCGGAACGAAUCGGCUACUCACAUAUCUCUCGACGAAUCAGGGUAUUAUCGUCCACCACGUCGACACAACCAACGUCGACAGGGUCAAGGCCGUUCUGUCAAGCAAGACGGCCAUGGUCCUCUUGGAGACGCCCACCAAUCCUUUAAUUAAGAUUGUUGAUAUUCCAGCCAUUGCGAAGUUGACACAUGACCUGAAUGGAAAGGCUCUGGUCAUUUGCGACAACACCAUGCUCUCCCCCAUGCUCUGCAACCCCCUCGAGCUUGGCGCCGAUAUCGUCUACGAAUCCGGAACUAAAUACUUGUCAGGGCAUCACGACAUUAUGGCAGGAGUCAUUGCUACCAACGACGCUAGUCUCGGAGACAAGAUGUAUUUCAUGAUCAACUCUACUGGCUGCGGACUAUCACCUGAUGAUGCCUCCUUGCUCAUGAGGGGAGUGAAGACUCUAGCGAUUCGUAUGGAGAAGCAACAAGCGAAUGCGCAGGCCAUUGCUGAAUUUCUCGAGUCUCAUGGUUUCCGGGUUCGGUAUCCCGGCCUUAAGUCACACCCACAAUACGAUCUUCAUUGGUCAAUGGCCCGCGGCGCGGGUGCCGUCCUCUCUUUCGAAACAGGCGACAUCGGCCUAUCUGAGAGGAUCGUCGAAGCUGCCAAACUGUUCGGCAUUAGUGUCAGCUUCGGCUGCGUUAACAGUCUGAUCAGUAUGCCAUGCCGAAUGAGCCACGCAAGCAUCGAUCCGAAGACUCGGAAGGAGCGGCAGAUGCCUGAGGAUAUCAUCCGGCUUUGCAUUGGUAUUGAGGAUGUAGAGGAUUUGAUCGAUGAUCUCUCCCGCGCACUUGUACAAGCUGGCGCCGUGACCCUUACAAUCGAUGGCUUCCAUGCCAACAACCCUGCGCAACCCGUCCCCAACGGCGAGAGCUCAGGAUCCACAUCUACAUAA